CGCGGACUGAGUGAAGUCAUAAUAGCACUGCUGCUGCUUCGCAUUCUAUUGUUUAUGGGCAAUCAUAGGAAAAACGUCUCUUUCAGACUCUUGUCACUCACAACAGGUAAAACAGAUGCAGGUGCAGCCUUUUAUUGUUUAGGCACUGACUUAGGCUUCAGAAUAGGCUCAGGUAGCAGCCGCAUUCCACAGUCUAACGAAAGGGAUAUUCGGAAUACGAAAACUUACUUAUAUUGCUUUGAUUGCGAAAGCAAGAGUUUAGUUUUGUGUAGCCUUUCGAAAAAGCUGCAAUCAAUUCAUAUCGCAGAAGUGAGUGAAAACAACAUCUCGCAGAAAGGAUGCGACUCUUGAGGAUCUCUUCGUUGGCCCUCGGUGCGCUGCUGUUGGCUUUGGUGAUCGCCGAAAUUAACGGUCAAGUGCGUGAUUUCGAGGGAAACGAUAUCGAUCGGCACGGUGGAAACGGUGCUCCGAACGGGCGCCCAGAUACGACGGUAGGACGGGGUUUCGCCGAAACGGCACAGCAACUUAUUGCAAGCCCUGCCGGACAGUUGGCGGUUUCGUUCGCGAAGGAAAUGAUCAGCCGAUCCGCUGGGAAUAGUCAGGUACUGAGCUUAAAUCUUACCAAUUUGCUGGUUCUGUUCCUGCUGAAGGCGCUAAUCUUUUCCGCCGGACUAAUCGGGGCCGGAAACUGGGGACACUUCGCUCGAGGCCGGAGUGAAGAGGGAUUGUUUUUCCAACCCGGCGAAGCUGGUCUCAUGAUUGGUUACCUAGCGGCGGAAGGUUCCGGCCAGGAGGGCUGCAUGCUGCAAUCCGCCUGCCGAGCACCGCGUACUGCCAGCGAGUAUUCCAGGGCAGCCCACGCACUGGUACAGGGGGUGGAGAUCUUCGAUCCGGAAAUUUCGAAAGAUGAAAAAUACAACCGACUGCUGUUGCAAAUGGAUCGGGCUGUAAUGGAGGGACUGCAGGGUGCACCCUGCGAGAUGAUUUAUCCUUGUCACAUCUAGCGAAAAAGCGUCAUACCAAUCCGUUUCGUAUCUGUAGAUAAUAAAUUGUAAAUGGCACAGCUUCACC